UGAGGGAUCGCAGUUGGUUUGUUCAUCCUAGCUGUGCGACCAGUGGUGAGGGACUCUUUGAGGGACUGAGCUGGCUAUCGGCGAACGUCAAGAAGCAGCCCAACUGAGCGAUGGCGGACACGAGAUGCUGCCUGAGAUGUUCUUCGUCUCGCACUCCUUACCCUCCAUCGCGGAUGAUGGUCCACAUCACUUGGUCGAUGACGCCGAUGACCUGCAGGCCAGUGCGAUCUUCGAGCCACUGCUCUGUCCAGCACUACCUGUCCCCACUUCUCGACUAUCACGCCGGCACCGCUUCCAACACCUCCUUCGUGAUUAAUACCUCUCCUCCCUUUACCAGCCCUCUACCCCCCUCGCGCCGACUCACCGUCUGCCCCAUCUUUACACGCCCACCUCCUCCCUCUCAUUUCCAGACUCUCGCCCCGACGCCCCGACGCCCCGACGCCCCGACGCCACUACGUCUUUGUUAUUCACUCGCGAGCCUUGCAGACGAGGAGGAACGGGAAGGAAGCGAGGAAGCCACAGGCGAAAGAAGAGCAAUCAAUACCCUACACGAAUCUCGUUCUCUUGAGGAAGCUCGCGUCGCGUGACCAGGUCUCUCCCACUGGGGCAUUGAGCCAAAGAGCUACGAAUCCUGCAAGAGCAGCCGUUGAGGGGUCGCAGCC